AUGUCUAUCAACUCAGCAUCGAAGGUACUCCCGGAUGGACCAAAGCUUGGUUAUCUACUUUUGCGCCAUACUGGGAAAUUCCAAAAUGCCGACCUCCUGAAGAUGCUUCUCGACUUGGGAGCAAAUGUAAAUAUCGUCAACUCGGACGGUCAAUCCCCUUUGCUUCUAGCGACCCAUCGUGGCGACCUAGAAGCCAUUGAAAUACUGCUGGGUCGACCCGAUAUCGAUGUCCAGGCCAAAGAUCGAUAUGGAUCCACUGCGCUACACGUUGCUGCCCGGAAUAAUCAACUCCAAGUAGUGGACUUGCUUCUACAAGACCGACGAAUCGACAUCAAUGGGCUCGACAGGUUGGGGAACACCGCCUUCUGGUGGUCUUCAUGCCUCGGGCACGACAAAGUUAGCAAGCGAUUUCUGGACGAGCAGAGGCUGAACGUCAAUUUCCCAGGCAGCAGAUACGGUCUACGAACAACUGCGUUCUACCUUGCUGUAUACCGGAAUAAUCUACCACUGGUCUCCCAUAUGCUUGCAGCGACACAUCGGCCGCGACUGGAUCCAAACAUCCUAGGCGACCACCUAUGGAGCCCUCUUGGAACUGCAGCAUACCGAGGGUCCUACGAGAUGGUAAAGCCCCUACUAGGUGCGAAAGGCAUUCGAAUCAAUGCAGUCGACGAAAGCGAAGAUGACCCCCUCUGGCUCGCCAUCCGAAGGGGUUCACGGUCGGCAGUCGAACUUUUCUUGAGCGAGCGGGCUCGACUAGAUAUCAACUGCCAGAAUAACAAGAGCGGGGAUACGUAUCUGUUGGCUGCGGCUCGUGGCGGUGAUCUACACCUGGUAGACAUUAUACUCGGAUUUGGGGGCGUUGAUCUCAAUGCAAGAAAGCAACAGGGCGAAGGUGCACUGGAAGUCUCUUAUCGCCAUAAGCACGACCAAGUUUUUCAAAGGCUGACCGGUCAGGGGGCAGUGUAUUGA